AUGGCAGGACGCUCAAGUGAUAGAUGUCCUUUUAUGGCGCGUGAACGUCUGGUGGACCCCAAGGAUGAUGCAGCUCUUUGGGUUACCAUCGAAUUUCCUGAAGCAAUGAAGUUUACCCAUACGGACGAACAACUGAUGGAUUGGGUAGUUCAUCAGAUCGGACGCGCCGAGACCAGCAUUUCAGCUUGUGCCCAGCAUUACCAGAGACACCUGUGUCUCUCGCUCCCAGUAGUUGGGAUUCCCAGGGGCGAGGAACACAAUGAUACAGUCAGGGAUCAGGCUAAGACUCUGGCACUCUGGUGGCACGGAGAAAUCAUGACAGGCAGGGUUUAUCUUGACCGGAGUGUGAUUUUCCCCUAG